UUUUGCAUGAUCCUAUAAAUUUGGUCCUUUUAACGUUAUUUUACGUACUCAACAUAGAGAUUUGAAAGAAUUAUAACGACAAGUAUUAUGGGUAUCACAUCAACGAAGUGGCUAUUUGUAGUUUCAGUUUUAAUAGUUAUCUCAUUCUUAGAGCUCACUAAUGGAGAUGAAUUCAGUGAUGAAUAUUCAUCUCAUGAUCUAGCUCUUCUUGAAUCUUUAAGAUCUAGAUUUAAGCCUCCGACUCCACAACGACAACGACAGCGACAUCGACCUCGUCAUCCCCCUAGUCCUCGCCCUAAGAGGCCAUCACCUUUUCCGCCACCAGUUCAGCCUCUACAUUGUCCCCCUACUCCUCGGACUAAGAGGCAACCACCUUCUCCGCCAGUUCUUCCGCCACCAGUUCAGCCUCGACAUCGCCCCCCUACUCCUCGGACUAAGAAACCACCACCUUCUCCUCCAGUUCUUCCGCCACCAGUUGAGGAUCCACCAAUGAUUCCGCCACCAGUUGAGGAGCCACCAGUGAUGCCGCCAAAAGGUGAGGAUCCACCAGUGCUUCCGCCACCAGGUGAGGAGCCACCAGUGAUGCCGCCACAAGGUGAGGAUCCACCAGUACCUCCGCCACUAGGUGAGGAGCCACCAGUGAUUCCAUCGCCACCAGUGCUUCCGCCACAAGGUGAGGAGUCACCAGUGAUUCCGCCACAAGGUGAGGAUCCACCAGUGCUUCCGCCACUAGGUGAGGAGCCACCAGUGAUGCCGCCACUAGGUGAGGAGCCACCAGUGAUUCCACCACCACCAGUGCUUCCGCCACAAGGUGAGGAGCCACCAGUGAUGCCGCCACAAGGUGAGGAUCCACCAGUGCUUCCGCCACAAGGUGAUGAGCCUCCAAUGCUUCCCACCAUGUCGCUGCGAAUAUAGUGACGAACUACCUGCCAUACCAAAAAUUUAGUACUAAUAUGUUGAGAAAUAGAUAUAAAGUUAAAGUAUCAAGUACUAAUACAAUAUAUGGUUCUAGAUUCUGAAUCUACUAA